AUGUCCGCGGCUGGUUACGACAGACAUAUUACUAUCUUCUCGCCCGAAGGCCGUCUUUACCAGGUCGAGUAUGCGUUCAAAGCCACCAACCAAACAAAUAUCAACUCGAUGGCCAUCAGGGGCAAGGACUGUUGCGUGGUGAUAAAUCAAAAGAAGGUUCCGGACAAACUUCUCGAUCCCUCGACCAUGUCAUAUCUAUUUCAGAUUUCCAGGCAUGUGGGACUGGUUGUAAACGGGCCAAUUCCCGACGCUAGAAAUGCGGCACUUAGAGCCAAAGCUGAAGCAGCUGAGUACCGCUACAAAUACGGCUACGACAUGCCAGCAGAUGUGCUGGCCAAGAGAAUGGCGAAUCUUUCCCAGAUCUAUACCCAGAGAGCAUAUAUGAGGCCACUAGGAGUGAUAUUGACGUUUGUGUCAGUCGAUGAAGAAUUGGGACCUUCUAUCUACAAGUGCGAUCCUGCCGGCUACUAUGUGGGUUACAAAGCAACUGCUACGGGUCCAAAGCAACAGGAGCUAAUGAGCUCUUUAGAGAAAUUUUUCAAGAAGCGCAAGGUCGACUACGUCGAUGGAGAAUCGUACGAGAGUGUAGUGGAAUUCGGUAUCACACAAAUGAUCGAUUCCCUCGGGACAGAAUUCAGCAAAAACGAUCUUGAAAUAGGUGUUGCCGUCAAAGACAGCUUUUACUGCCUGACUCCUGACCAGAUAGAAGAAAGGCUUGUGGCGAUUGCUGAGCAGGAUUGA